AAUUGGCUGUCACAUGGAAAUAAACAAGAGUAAGUGUGUUGAAAUUUAGUGAUACAACUUUUCUUCAUAAAUUGUUGGCGUCUGGCAUUUACCCUAAUGUAAAAUCGAAAAGCAAGUCAGGAAGUAAUGACUGCUAUUCAUUACUUGAAUAUCUUUUACUUUUCAGAUGCAAAAACGAAAAGUAAGUCAGGAAGUAGUACAACUGCAAUCUUAAACAGCUAAACAACAUGAGUUAUACCGAGAAACACGAAAAUAUUUCGAAGGAUGACUGGAUGAAUCGGCUUGAAGGUUUGCAUAUCCAACGAGCUGACAUGAACAAGCUGAUAAUGAAUUAUUUAGUUACUGAGGGUUUCAAAGAAGCUGCAGAAAAGUUUCAACAGGAAUCUGGGAUUAGUCCAUCCAUGGAGCUAGAUUCCUUAGAUGACAGAAUCAGAAUAAGGGAUGCAAUUCAGAGUGGACGUAUCCAAGAAGCUACUGCAUUAGUCAACCAACUUCAUCCUGAAUUGCUGGACAAUGAUCGUUAUUUGUAUUUUCAUUUACAGCAGUUACAUUUAAUAGAGUUAAUUCGCAGUGGGGAAAUAGAGGAAGCCUUACAUUUUGCACAAGAACAAUUGUCUGAAGCUGGUGAAUCAGAUCCAACUGUUCUGAAUGAACUGGAGCGAACUUUGGCCUUGCUAGCGUUUGAAGAACCAAAAAAAUGUCCAUUCAGGGACCUGCUGCAUCCUACGCAUCGACAAAAGGUGGCUAGUGAACUAAAUGCAGCAAUUCUAAAGAUGGAAAAUCGUGAAUCAACUACACCAAAGUUGUCAAAUCUGCUGAAACUAAUUCUGUGGGCCCAAGAUGAGCUUGAUAAGAAGAAGAUUAAAUACCCAAAGAUGUCAAAACUUGCUAAUGCUGUAAUUGACAGCCCUAAAUGACAACAGGUUCUUCCCAGUGAGGAACCUAUGGAUACUUCUACUUAUUACCAAGGACAGUAGAAAUGGUCAGUUUGAAACUGCAGUACUUGUUUGAUCUUUGCUAUGAAAAUGCUGAUUUCAGUGAACAUUUCAUGUAAGCAGUACAGCUCUAAGUAUAAACACCAUAUAAUCAUCUUUAAUGUUGAUUUCUCAAUAUAUGUUAGUCUCUUUAGUACUCCACUUCAGAGAUUUGGGGGGGGGUUGUGAAGUCACACACACACUUAUGUAACGGAAGGAAAGAAAAACAUUUAACACUGACAGAUUUAGGCACAAAGUUAGGAGUAUGACAAACUGCUGUAUAAAAAAAUAGGUGUUGAGUUUCAGACUUACAAGAUUUGUGUGUUUCUUAUGUGACUGUUUUGGCUUCCAAGUUGCUCUUUCUAGCAGAGAACUUCGCUGGAGACUCAUAGUUAAUGAUGUGCUGACAUAAUUGUCAUAGCUAUAAAAUUAUUUGUUAUUAACGGUUUUAAUAUUUAAUUUGUUAUUCAUACCAGGUAAACCACUAACCAUACGUAGUCUUCACUGGCUCCCAAGAAUUUCACCAAACCAGCACAUAUUCACAAAUUUAAAAAUCAUAAAAAGAAUCCUUGUAUACCAGUACACAAUAAACAGGUCCUUAUUCUUCUCAUUUUUCUUACAUAUUGUCUGGAAAUUAUGGUUAGCAUGUGUGUUGCCAACAGUUUGUUUGAAGAUCUACUCACAGUAGUUUUAAAGAAAAGUAAAAGUAGAUACAUGUUAGAGUAAAUUUAAGUUUCGAUCUUUAUAAAGUCCCAUCUGUCACUGUCUAUAUUCAUAAAAUAUUCCCCUUAGGUUAAAUGUAUUUUCAUUAAAAUUAAUUCUGGCAGCCCUUUCAGAAUAACUGAUUUUGAUUCUGGUGCGUCAGUUUCCAUGACACCCCAAAUUUAUGCUCUUAAGACAGUUUCAUGUUGCAGUUACAGAUUCUGAUGAAGUGGGAUGUAUUAACAACUUCUGAAUCUAAUGAUUUGGAUCUGUAGCAAAAAUACACUUUCUCACAUAUAAGUGGAUCUAUGACAUAACAUUAAAAUUUUGUUUGCAAUAUGAAAUAAAAUUUAGACAGUUACAGUUUUAGUUAAAAUUUGGCAUAAUUCUGAUAAACUGUAUUUGUAACAGUAGUUUGUUACAGUGUGUGAAUAUGAACUAUUUAAGUACUGAAGUAAAUAUAUUUCCAAGUGCAGUUGUUCAUUAAAGUAGUGGCUUGGCAUACAGACUAAUAAGGAAAUAAAAACAUUUUGGACAGA